AAAACAUGUUGCUUGCAUACCACUCAUUUAAAUAGCUUCCAACCCCCUCAAACCCCAUCACACACCAAAACAAACUCUAAUCAUUAUCUCCCUCACGCACCUCUUCCAAGAGUUUCUUUAAUUUUAAUUUCAAUUAUACGCAGACAAAAGAAACAACAUAACAUACUCAUCAUCGUAGUCUCAGAAAAUGGAAAUUGAAGCAAGGCAAGGCGUGGUGGCAAAGAAGCUAUGGAACAUGGUACGUGUAUUAUUGUUCAUUAUAAGAAAAGGCAUAGCCAAGAGCAAAACAAUGGUAGACCUCAAUUUGAUUCUCAAACGUGGGAAACUUGCUGGAAAAGCAUUAAUCAAUACUCUCAUGCUCAACCAUCAACUUUAUCAUUCUUCCUUCACAUGUCGCUCCGACAACAACUCAUUCAUCUCUCCAUGCGAAUACGAAUUCAGCUGCAGAAACACUCCUGCCAACCCUCUCCGCCACUCUAGCCGCCGCUUCUCCAAGUCACGGCGCCAACGACACAACGAUUUUUCCAUCAUGAAUAAUAAUAUUGCUGUUCAAAAGGUAUUUAUUGAAAUGAUGUUGAAUAAUGAAAAGGUAGAGGCUGUGGCUAAUUCUCCUUUGGCGCCUUUCACGCUCGAAGACGAAGGGAAUUGUCAUCAAGUGGACAUCGCAGCUGAAGAAUUCAUUAACAACUUCUAUAAAGAACUCAAUAGGCAAAACAGAACAAUUGCUUCUUAACUUCUACCUUGUACAUAGGAGUAAUAUUUUUCUUUGCUAUGUCAUCAAAAUUACAGUUUCAGAUUAAUCGAUCUCUUUGAUAUGCAACUUAAAUUAAUUUGAAGUUUGGAAUUUGAUACGGCAGUGACCUUUUAAGCCUAUAGUAACUUUCAGGACUGGUUUACUAGCUAGGGAUUGUGGAUAUGCUUGUUAUGAUUCUUGUUUUGAGUAUUGCUUUGGUGUAUCUGUCAAAAUA